CCUUUUUCAAGCGAGCCCCAUACGUAAAAUGGGCGCUUUCCGCGUCGUUGGUGUACCCAUAUACCCUGGGUGCUGGCGCCGCUGCCCAUGUUAGCGCGACACAGGCUGCAAGAGCUCGAAGACUGAAACUUCAGCGAGCCAGGACUGCAGCAAACCGGCUAGCUGAGACCGCUGCUCAGCGCCAGGCUCGGCUCGCUGCUGACCUCGAACGGCACUCCCAGGCCAGGGAAGCUGAGACGCCUUCACAGCCCCAGGCUCGGCUCGCUGCUGACGUCGAGCGUCACUCCCAGGCCAGGGAAGCUGAGACUCCGUCGCAGCGCCAGGCUCGGCUUGCUGCUGACGCCGAGCAGCACGCUCAGGCCAGGGAGGUUGAGACCGCCGCUGAGCGGCAGGCUCGGCUCGCUGCUGACGCCGAGCGUCUCUCCCAGGCCAGGGAAGCAGAGACCGCUGAGCUGAGCCCCAGGCUCGGCUCGCUGCUGACGCCGAGCAGCACGCGCAGGCCAGGGAGGCAGAGACCGCUGCUGAGCACCCGGCUCGGCUCGCUGCCGACGCCGAGCAGCACGCGCAGGAGUGGCGCCAGCUAGAUGCCGAGCAGCAGGCCGAGCGUGCCGCGUAUUUACGCGCCCGGCGCGCGGCACUCCGCCUCGCCCACCCGGAGCAGCUUGGCCGCCACUACAGCCCAGAGACUUUCGCCAUGCCGGCUGCGCUCAACAUUGGUCGAAUGGAGCACGUCUGCGGCUUUUGCGGCGCUCUGCGCUGGGCGAAGGAAGCGCCCGGCUCCUGUUGUAGCAAGGGCAAGGUCGCGCCGCCCUUCCACCCGUCGCCUCCGCCCGAACUCGCCGAGCUUUUCACCGCCAACUCGCCGCUGCACCACAAGUUCAUGACGAACAUCCGACGCUAUAUCUGCGCGUUCCAGCUCGCCAGCAUGGGCUGCAAGAAGGUGCGUCAGCCGGGAUGGAAUCCCAACUUCACCAUCCAGGGCAACGUCUGCCACUUCAUCGGCAGCCUCCUCCCGGCUGACGGCGCACAGGCAAAAUUUAUGCAAAUUUAUUUCCUGGACGACCAGCUGGCGGCGCGGACCGGCCUUUUUGAAGGCCUGAAUGAGGACGUCUUGCGACUGCUGGAACAGGUGCUGCAACGCUGCAACGUCUACAUCCAGUCGCUGCUGCCCGCCAAGCAGAUGCUAGACGCCCUGCCCGACCAGCGCCGUCGUGAUGACUGAGCAGCGCCGUCCGCUGUCGGAGCAUGAGCGCCGUUUCAACCUGCCCGCCUGCAGGGAGGUGGCGGUGCUCAUGCCCAAUGAGCCAGUCGGCCGUCGCGACAUCAUCCUGCAGCACCGUGACGGAGCGGUGCGGCGGAUCGACGAGUUCCACCGCUCAUACAAUCCGCUGCACCAUGUGCUGCUGCACCCGCUCGGCACAGACGGCUGGUCGCUGGCGAUGAAACAAGAGCUGGCCGUCACUGCCCGUCAAUACUACGCGUUUCACCUGCGCUACAGACCCGGCCACUUUAACAUCCUGCCACGCGGCCGUCGGCUGUUCCAGCAGCUGCUGGUGGACGCGGAGGUGAAGGUGGAAGCCGACCGCCUAAACUACAUCCGCAUUCCGCACCCACCAGGACGGUCUCAACGGCUUCCGCGCGGAGUCCAUCCGUGGCAUCCGGGACGCCCUGGAGGCGGGCGAGCAGGCCGGCAGAGCCGUGGGCCGGGUCGUGCUGCCAGCCAGUUUCACUGGAGGGCCACGCUACAUGAUGGCCAGACUCCAAGACUGCCUCACCUAUGUGCGUGAGUUCGGCGGUGCCGACUUCUUUGUCACGGUGACCUGUGACCCGCACUGGCCAGAAAUUGUCAACACCAUCCAACAGCAGUUCCCCGGUGACCAGGCCAGCGAUCACCCGGACAUCAUGUCGCAGGUGUUUCACCUGAAGAUGCGAGGCCUGCUGCACCUGCUGCGCGGCGGCGUCCUCGGCCAUCAUGCACACCAUCGAGUGGCAGAAACGAGGCCUGCCACACGCCCACAUCGUCGUCUGGAUGGUGCCGGACGACAAGCCGCGUCCCGACCAAAUCGACGACUGUGUGGUGGCGGAGCUGCCGGACCCUGCCGAGGAUCCUGAGCUCCACGACUUGGUCAGGUCCAAAAUGGUGCACGGCCCGUGCGGCGGCCUCAACCCGAGGUCGGCGUGCAUGUCCGACGGCGCCUGCACCAAAAAGUUCCCUCGGAACUUCCAGCGGGAGACGGUGGUGCCGGAGCGCGGCGGCGGCUACCCGCUGUACCGCCGCCGCGCCCCGGAGGACGGCGGUUUCACGACCGAGCCGCGCGGCCGUCCUGCCGACCGAGACCGCCCGCGGCUGGACAUCCGCUGGGUUGCCCCGUACAGUGGAUCUUAUUAGGAUCUCCAGACGUAACUAUGUAGAUGGCGUUGAGCCUUAGUCGAGUCCAUGUCAAAUUCAAGGAGAGGUCACUACCGAGCUGGGCCCGAUGGGGAGGUGGGCGGGGAGGGGGGGGGGGUGGCGAGGUCACGGUGCGGGUGACCUGUCAAACAGCCCCGGCGCGGUGCGGCACUGCCGUAGGCAAAUGGCGCACUCCAGUGUUGUUCCAUAUCGCGGUGGUGGGCCGGGCGGCCGGUUAGCUUGGCAGCUUGGAAGGAAAGGAGAAUGAGGCAUGGUUUUGCUGUGGCCGGUUCACCUACUGUUACUUAUGAUGCACCCAGAGUAAUGCAAAUGUGGCGUUGAUAAUGCAGCUGGCAAUGGAAUGCUAGCGAAUGCUCCGAGCGCCUAGCUAUAAGGAUUAAGAUUAUUUAUGUCUCCUGAAAUUUUCAUUGAAUAUAAUUCAAGCACUAGA